AUGGUUAUUCAAGCAAGUGGCUGGUUGAUCCACCAUAGAGGAGCAGGAAUAGCGGCAUGUGGGUUGCUUAACGCAUGUCCGACAUCCAUUGUGCCGUUCAUUGAGGAGGCUAUCCAGUCAAACUUUCUGGGUGAGAGAUUUGCAGUGGCCGGUGCUGGUCCUCAUCCCAUCAACCACAAGCUGCCCGACGAAGAAAACCUCGCUGCUGCAAUACAAACACUGCUCGCCUCUGCUACCAAAGACGCGGCACGAAGGAUCUCGGCAACGAUGAAGACAGAGAGCGGCGUCAAGCAUGCCAUGCAGUCGUUCCAUCAACAUCUUCCCCGAGAAGGCCUUACAUGCGACUUGUUGCCAGGAGAGGCUGCUACGUGGACCUUCGACGCCAAAUUUCUCCCUAAGAAAAGGAAGAAGAAGUUUAGAAACGGCCUGAAGCUCUCUUCUAGAGCCCUUAGUGUCCUAAGCCAUCACCAAAUGCUUGACCUCGCCAUGGUAAGACUGCGCACUGACAGACUGACUCGAAAUCGCCCGAAUCCGAUAGAAAUCGAGAAUCGGCGCUGGGAUCCCCUGACUGCCACAUCACCAGCGCUCCUUGAUUCAUCGGUCGAUUUCUCGUUCAACUCGCCUCCGCCCCUGCUGUGGCAGCAUAUUCGGGGGCAAGUCAAUCCGCCCGCAACGGGGACAAGUCUGUCCGCCCGCAACCGGGGCUCCAAAAUUGCGUCAAGUCCUCUCAAAGGAUCUUUAGUCGACGUGCCCCUUGCUCCAACGGAAGGACGGCGCAAAUUCCCUGAGCCAUAUGGAGACCGGGCCGUCGUAGAUGCGGUUCAAGGAGGCCCCGUGGGUUCGGUGACAGGGAUCGGAAACGCAGGGUUCGGUCUGAUCGCCAAUCCUGGCAGUGCGCUUGUACUGGCCUUGAAUACACCCAUGUCCGGCCUCAUCCCGUACCCGGCGUUGGGAAUUUACAAAAGCAUCGCGGGCUCCACGUCCAAGACGACGAGAGCCGUUCUUCAUGACGCGUAUUAUGCCAAAGUCGACCGGGUCAGCGAACAUCUUCACUAG